AUGACCGACAAGGAACUGGCGAAGCUCAAUACACAAGCUAAUCUCGUACCGUUGUUCGUCUUUCUAGGACUCAGCCUAGUGUUUAUCCCGUGUUUUGCUGCAUUUUAUGCACGACGCAAGUCCAGAAGAAGUGAGGCAGAAGUGAGGACAGCAGAACACUCUAGCGCAAGGAGGCCAUCAGAGAUCAAUAUGAGAGACCUUAACUCAAGAUCGGAAAGCCGGGCAUUAGCUCAACCAUCAGGCACGGCAUCGGGAGAUGUCGCCGGGCAACCCCUUGCAAUUCAACGUGAUGCUCGGGGAAACAAGGUACUGCCCAAAAUUCAUCGCAACGCUGACGGGUACUGGGUACUUCCAGGUCAGGUACCGAGCCACCAACAACACGAUCGCACACUCGAGCCUCCUACCACGUCGUUUACAUUGCAACGCCCGCCAAAACACCACCGCGAACUGACAAAACAGAUUGCUGCCGACGGUGGAUUCGUGCGCGAUGGCCCUGAGCGAAAAGUCUGCAACAGCCUCGACAAGACCCCACCAGUCCGCGGCAUUUCGACAUUGUUGAACCGCGCAGACGAGUUUCACGAGGUAGAUCUAAACCAGAUAUGA